CGGCCUACGUUACGUGGUGCUGAUCUCAAGAGAUGCGAUUGACAGCGAAACUAACAUCUCCGUCCGAAAGAGCCAGCGAUGAAAGGUUUUCAUGAAGGAGAAUUUAUCAUUCGGCUGGUGCUGGAAGUUGCCCUUCUUUGUGUGCAGCGAAACCUGAGACAGGCCCACGGAAUGCAGAAGAGUUCCUCCCGAAGCCAACCCGUCCCAACACCAUUCUCCAAGUGGACCAUCGUCACCGCUACUGCUACCCGGAUAGAAGGAGCAGAAUAAGUCCUACAACCCCAAGUUUUGGCCCAGUCAGUUCGACAGUGUCCGCUCCACAGGCAUCAACCUAGCAUUCUCUUCUCCAACUCGUCUCCUUUAUUCCUUCUAAAAAAUCAUACUAAUUUUUUUGCAUCCACUUUAAAAGUUUCCCGUGAAAAGCGAAAAGUAAUCGCCGUACCGAAAAAAAAAAUCCUUCAAAAUUUUUGCAAAGUGGUGGAAAAUGUUGCAAGAAGAAGUAUAAUUAGUGAGUGUAAUAGCCUCUUGAAGGAUUUGUGAAGUCCUAACAUUUCCAAUUUGAAGCAGAAGGAAGAAAGUUGUAUUGUUUUUGUUCCGACUCGGUCAAAAGUUCGCAACUUUAAGAUAAUGGAGACGGCCGGUGACUACACGAUGGAGCUGGACAACAACGUCACCAGCUUUCUCGUCAACGACACUGGUGGCCAAAUGCCCAACCUGACCAACCUCACGUCGGAUGCGUACUGCAACCCGUGGUUGGGUGAGCUGGGGGCGUGGUACGGGGGAGUGCACGGCUACUCCUCCCUCGUCGUCUGUCUCUUUGGCUGCGUGAUGAACCUGCUGAAUCUGGUCGUGUUGACGCGGCGAGAAAUGCACAACCCGACGAACGCCAUCCUCACGGGCCUCGCCUUUGCCGACCUCCUCAACGACCUCGAGUACAUGCCCUUCGCCCUCUUCAUGAAGGUCCUCGCCCGGCCCGGCUACCCUCCCAAAACAUAUCCCUGGGCCCUCUUCGUCCUCGCCCACUCCAACUUCUCACAGGUUUGUCACACCAUUUCGAUCUGGCUGACGGUGACGCUGGCGGUUUGGAGGUACAUGAUGGUGGCGAUGCCCAUGCAGAACAAGACCCUCUGCACGAUGGAGAGGGCAAAGUUGGCGAUAAUUAUUGCCUACGUCUGCUCCCUCCUCGUCUGCAUCCCUGUGUAUUUAACAUUUGAAGUCAAGUGGGUCAACGGGACGGAGGGUGGGGUCAAGUACUACGUCCACUAUUCUGAACUCGCCAAAGCUCAUGACCAGCUCCUCGUCAAUGCAAACUUUUGGGUCUACAGCGUGGUGAUCAAGCUGAUCCCGUGUCUGGUGCUGACGGUGGUGAGCUUCCGGCUGAUCAACUCGCUGAUGGAGGCGAAGCGGCGGAAGGCUCAGCUGAAGGGCGGAGGUCGUGGGGCGGCGAAGGGAGGCGAGGACGGCGGCGGCGAUCGGACCACGCGAAUGCUCCUCGCCGUCCUUCUGCUCUUCCUCAUGACCGAAUUUCCGCAGGGCAUCCUCGGCCUCCUCUCCCUCCUCCUCGGCGACGCCUUCUUCCGCUCCUGCUACCUCCCCCUCGGUGACCUCAUGGACAUUGUGGCCCUUUCCAACUCGGCCAUCAACUUCAUCCUCUACACGGCCAUGUCCCUCAAGUUCAGACAGGUCUUCAUGGCCACAUUCCAUCUCAACAAGCUCUGUCCCCAACCGAACACACAAACCACGGCUGUGGCAGUGGUCACCCCCACGAGAUCAGCCCACACCACCGUGGUCACCACCACCAAUGGGAAUAUCCAACAUAGUGCAGCUGUGUAGGCUUGGAUGUACAGGUACCUUCUCUGGUCUCAAGAUUAAGCCAGGAGUAGUCAAUGUGUCGUCAACUGUGAUUUUUAACUCGAACAUAUGUAAUCUUGGUGCUGGAGGAAUGAUUGUGCUCGACAAUUGUAAGAGCUGAAAGGACGAGGCACGGUCAGCACAGUCGCGUAAAAAUGAGACGCGUUUAAUAAUUCAUGUUAUGCUCAGAGGACAAUCUUCAAAUAAUUUAUUAUGAGCCCAACUUUCUCAUAGUGAAUAAGUAAUGAGCAAUAAGACGUUAUGUUGCUCGUAUAAGUGCGUCCAAUAUGCAUACAUAUAAUUAAAUAUGCAUCCCGCACUCCCACUACACUCCUUAAUCAACACUUCCACUUUUAGUGUGAGAGUAGCAGGGCAUUAUUCUAUUCCAUGCACAAUAAAAUAAAUUAUGUUUGGAUAAAACUAAUAAACGUAACCCAAUAAUAUGUGAAGAAACAUGUCUAGAUUUUAUGCGAGAAAUAACUAAAUUGUAUUUUUACGGAAUAAUAAAAAGGUAUAUGAACUGAGCAAA